AUGGCACCUAAACCCGCAUCGACUGCUGGCAAAGCCCCGGCUUCCACUGCCUCCAAGGCCCCAGCCACUGCCUCGAAAGCGCCUUCAAAGACAACGGAGAAGAAGGCUGGCAAGAAGACUGCGAGGGCAGCCGCGCCUGCUGAUGGCGAGAAGAAGAAACGCAAGAAGACUCGUAAAGAGACUUACUCUUCGUACAUCUACAAGGUCCUCAAGCAGGUCCACCCCGACACGGGUAUCUCGAACAAGGCCAUGGCCAUCCUGAACUCGUUUGUCAACGACAUCUUUGAACGGAUUGCCACCGAGGCUUCCAAACUCGCGCAAUAUUCGAAAAAGUCGACAAUCUCUUCGCGAGAAAUCCAAACUUCCGUCCGCCUCAUUCUGCCUGGUGAACUUGCUAAGCACGCUAUAAGCGAGGGUACCAAAUCAGUGACCAAGUUCUCCGCCUCGCAGCCAUCAAAGUAG